UUCACUCACAAUCACAACCAACCAUCAAAAUUCAAACUCAUCUGCAAAACCCCUCUAAAAAUUCCGACAAUCAAAUUAACAUGCAAGAGGAUAAGAAGAUGAAGGUGAAGAAAGGGUGUCUGGCGGUGCAGGUCGGGCUGGAAGACGAAGACGGCGGAUUUAAGCGAUUUUCGAUUCCGAUCUCGUAUCUCUACCACCCUCUCUUCCAGAAGCUUCUAGACAAAGCUCGCGAGGUCUACGGCUACAACACCACCGGCCCCUUGAUGCUCCCCUGCUCCGUCGAGGAUUUUCUGCAUCUGCGCUGGCGGAUUGAGAAGGAGGCCGCGCCCCACCACCACCAUCACCAUCACCACCUCCAUCAGCUGCCGGCGCCUUCUUUGUCGUUUCACUCGUGUUGAGUGAGAGAGAGAGAGAGAGAGAUGGGGGUGUUUUUAUUUAUUAUUGAAAGGCUUCCUCUUUCUUGUAUCAUUGUGUAUUUUGUAGUGGAAAAUCAAUGCCAAAGCUUCAGAUUGUUUAGAACAGAGCUGCUAAUGUUUCUUUUACAUAUUUGAGAAUUUGAGAAUAUAAUUUAAGGUUAUUCUAUAUUCAAUAACAAGAUUGAAACUCUUGAUCA